AUGGAGUACCUUUGUCGAAGAAGAAAACGAGCACGGGAUGGAAAGAACUCGAUUCUCGGAAAAGCAAAGUCGCCGGAGAUCUCUAGUCUGAAAAUGAGUGACGAGCAUGAAAAAAUGCUCCCAAUAGCCAACGUAGGGCGGAUGAUGAAGAAGAUCCUCCCACCGAGUGCAAAGGUUUCAAGAGAAGCAAAAGAGAGAAUGCAACAAUGUGCAUCGGAGUUCAUAUGUUUUGUGACCGGCGAAGCAUCCGAUCGAUGUCAUAAAGAGAACCGCAAGACGGUGAAUGGAGACGACAUAUGUUGGGCUCUGAGUUCACUUGGAUUCGACAACUAUUCAGAGGCAAUGCUAAGGUACUUGCAAAACUUUAGGGGGUUUGAGAGAGAAAAUGCUAACCAAAGUAAUAAUUGUAAGGCUAAUAGCGGUGAAGUAGAGAAAGAUGAAGGAAGCAUUUGUGGAGAUAUUUCAGCCCCAUCUUUUGAUUUUGGAUACUAG